UAAAAGCAUCUCACUCCUCUGCUUUCCAUCCUCUCCCCAGAUCCUGCCAGUGACAAAAGAUGGGGUCCGGCUGCAUCAAAGUGACCAAGUAUUUCCUCUUCCUCUUCAAUCUGCUUUUCUUUAUCUUGGGAGCUGUAAUUCUCGGGUUUGGAAUAUGGAUUCUGGCUGACAGAAGCAGCUUUAUCUCCGUCCUGCAGAACUCCAGCAACAUGAAGAUCGGGGCCUACGUCUUCAUUGGGGUUGGGGCCAUGACCAUGAUCGUGGGUUUCCUGGGUUGUGUCGGUGCAGUCAAUGAGAUCCGAUGCCUCUUGGGGAUGUACUUUGCUGUCCUCCUUCUGAUCCUUGUGGCCCAAGUGACAGCUGGAGUCCUCGUCUACUUCCACUCAGAUGAGGUGAAGAAGGAGAUGAGCAACAUAGUGGAAGAACUUAUCCAGAACUACGACCCUGACAACUAUGGAAAGAAAACUGUUCAGGAUGCUUGGGAUUAUAUCCAAUCAGAGGUGAAAUGCUGUGGCUGGAACAGCUACCUUAACUGGACAGCUAACAUCAUACUCAGGAACAGGACAUUCACCAGCUAUCCUUGUUCCUGUGGCAAUGGGGAAUUUCCUGACAUAGAACAGGAGGGCUUCAGGAGCGGCUUCUGCGUCUCCAACGGUACCGUGAUCGAUGAUCCCAGCAAGUGGCCUGUUUUCCAGAAGGGUUGCAUGGAGAAGGUGCAGAAGUGGCUAGAGGAUAACCUUGGUAUCAUCCUCGGAACCUGCAUCGGAGUGGCCAUCAUUGAGCUCCUGGGGAUGAUGCUGUCCAUCUGCCUGUGUCGGCACGUCCACUCGGAAGACUACAGCAAAGUCCCCAAGUACUAAGGGGGUCCUGACUGCCUCCUGUCCCACCCUCCUGCAGUGCAGGGCUCCGGACAAUCCGGCUUUCUUGGGAGCUGUGACAGCUCCCGGCAAAUCAAAUUCCACCCCCUCCUUCAUUUGUGGCCUUCCCAUUCUCCCUGUUGUCACUUUCCCCAAAUCUGGAAGCUGCCAGACCCCAGACCCCUCCUGUGGGCUCCGUCUGAAGAACCCCCUCCCCGGUCCUGCUCCCUUUGACCUUUACUCUUCCUUCUUGGUCUGUUUUCAGACCUCUCAGAUGACCGGCUACUUGGAAAGAUUUUCACUUUCUUCUCUAGAAGGACAGGAGUCUUCCUGUUUCUUUUCUCUCUCUCCCCUUGGCUCUGUCCUUUCCCAUGUUCCCCUCCUCCCUUUACUGCCUUUCAGGGUUUUCUUAUUAAUGUAAAGAACUGCUUUCCUUCACACUCCUAACCAGCCACAGUUUGGCAUAGGGCAUUCAGCAGAAUGGGCAGCCCCUUCUUUCCAAGACUAGACCGAAGUCUCCCUGAGGAAACCAUUGAGAUAGAGCUUGUGGCUAGGGGCUGCCGAAUGGCCGUCUCCCGCUGUCUCAGGGAAGAUUCUUAGAAGGACGGGUUGGCUUUUCUCCAAUAUCACCCCUCUGUUAAGUUCCUAUCCUGUCAUUUAAGGCCCCCUGCUCAAUGCCCAGUGGCCAGGUGAGCACCUGGCACCACCUGAGUGCCCCCUUGUGCUAAGUCAGCUGGAGGAUUGACCAUUGGCCAAGAACUGGUACAAACCCGAGGGGGAUCACAGCUGUCUAGUCAGGACUCGGCAUUAGCAGCCAAAAAAAAGGUUACUCACCUAGUGCUGCUGAAUAAUAAGUCUCAGUGACAGCACCCCAACUGUAAGAAAGGAGAGAGAAAUCUGUCUUCCUUAGAUGGGUUCCAUAUACUGCUAUUUGGGGGGUACCUGGGAAGACAGCAGUGACUGGCUAUGAGUGUGUAUGGGAAGAGGGAUGAUGGAGAGAAGGAAUAAUAUGGCAACAAAAUUAGCCUAAGGUUUCUAGAAGUAGUAGCUUCCUGGGGAAGCAGGAAAUAAAUUGGCUUCCUUCUCUAAGAAGCUAGUCCCUUUCUCAGGUGGCAUCUUCCCGGGGAGGAAGUCCAGUGCCUUGGAGGGGAGGUAGAUAUGGGGAAGUUCUGCAUGUACAGACUGAGAGGUUCAGAACCAGGCAAAAGGUAGAGAGCUCAGAAAUAAAGUAGAUUUGUAACAAAUCUGAUCCCAGUGCUGAUGUCAUGGCGUGCUCAGGAACCUGUAGGGUAUGGGAGGAUCCUUGAUGCUCACUGAGAUCUGGUGGAAUGAAGAAAUAGCUGACUUCCUUGGGUUAAGGGACUUGGAGCUACAAGAUCUCCUGGAGAUCCUGUCAUUCAGUUGUAACAUAUCAACUCCUACCUGGGAAAUGGGGAGCUUGAUGGAGGACCCUCCAAAGGGCUGAUAACUCAGACCCAAGGGGAAUCAGGGCUUGCAUGAUCAGGGAUGAGCCUUGGCACCCAAAAACCUUGCCCAUGUGCUGACAGGGCAGAUGGGAGCAAAUUGGGAGAGCUUCCUUGGCAUAAAGGACUAAAUCAAGUCUAAAGUCCUAGAUCUUAAUCCCUCCUGCAGAGACUCUUAUUUUUGUCAUUGGUUAGCCCCUCCUCACCUCUCAACAGGCUGUUUUCUCCUAAGUGCAGAAGGAUUGUGGGGUAAUUUCUUUAGGUCUCCAAUUUCUUUAAUUCUCUAAUUUCUUUAGGUCUCUUUCAUUUCCCUAGUUGUCUUUUCUAGCUCAAACAUUCUAAGAUAGUAUAGAGAUGAAGGUGGCUUCUUGUACCAUUACAAGUGCAAGGGGGGAAGCAGAGCUUAGCUCGCCCUACAAAGGUGGCAAGCAUCUGAGAUGGGAUUUGAUUUCAUCUUCCCACUGUGCACCAUCCUUGAUCAGAGGGACAAGACCACUUUGGGAGAUUUGGGUGCAAGGAGUUGGAGGAUCAUGGUUGACUGCAGCCUGAAUCCAGUAGGCGGUACUGUUCCCUUGGUCAGUCCUGCCCAGCCUGCCUUGGCAGGAGCACUGUGAUCCAGGAAGGACCCCUAUCUAAUAAUCUAGGUUGUUGUCCUUUGUUCUCAAAGAUGACCAAAAUGAAAUCGCUAUAUUAGAGUCAAGUUGCAGUGUGUCCGAUGUGGCGGAUCAGACCAGUACAGUCUCGGAAUGCUCUGCUGCGGAUCGGACACAAAGAGUCCCUUUUAACAUUUGGGGUGAUUCUCUAACUCUGUGCAUCUCUCAUUUCCUUUGGGCUAAUUCAGUUCUGCUUUGCUCAUAGAGCACGGCCCCUUCUCUGAUGGAGGCUACCAUACUGGGCGGUCCUGUGCCAGUGUCUCCCUUGUCAUGCAAUCGUUCUAAAGUUUGUGAGAGAGACCUUGAGAGUGUCCUUGUAUGGCUUUUCUGACCACCCUGUGAGCGCUUGCCCAUAAAAUAAUUUGGGUGCUAAGUACCUAGAUUGUUGUUUGUCCUUUGAACUCAGAAAGAACCAUGACCUCAGGGAUGCAAGUGAAUUAGAUGUAAGUCACCAGCCUCACCCUCCAGAGCCUUCUGGGUCCAGUGGCAAGAUCAGGAGGACUGGAGAUGGCUCUGGAUGCAGUGGGAGAGCCCGGCCUUUUUAAGUCAAGGUCUUUAACGGGCCUGAGGGAACACUCAUUUAGUGACUAAGGCUAGAUUAGAAAUGAGGCAGAAAGUGGCCUCUCUUACCUAUGUGUGUGUGAGUAUCAGUUUAAUAGGAGAAGACCCUCAGGGUUUCUGGCCAAACAGAAAGAGUCACUACUUCCACUUCUAGUGCAUCGCUGCCUUGGCUGUGGCCCAGGGGAAUUGCUGUUCUGCUAUAGAUUGGACCACAUGUUGCCUGAGGCAGCUUUAAUUCUAUGGACAUUCAUCUGACGUCCAAGGGAACCUUGAUAAUUGGCAGAAUCUUUUCAAUUUUUCCAGAGAGGGGAGGACCCUUGAAGUCAGGUCUCUACUCUUCUGAAUAGCCCUUAAAUUCCCUGACCAAUUUAUGAGACAGAACUGUCAGGUUGUGAUUGAGAUCCAGAAGCAGUUGCCUGAUGGUCCGUACACAACACAGAAGCACCCCUAUAACUCUGACAAGAUCCCCAAAUCCCAGGAAGCCUCAUUCUAGUUCAGCCCCAAUAUGGCAGCUCAGGCACUUCACCGCUGGUUUUCCACAUCAAAUCCAGCCCACUUGCUAACCCCCAUGAGUAUCUGCUGGCUGUAUGAGGGCAUCUUGCUUUUGUGCUCCUAGUGUUCUGACCCAUUGUCCCAAUAUCAGCUCCCUCUGCUUGGAGAACCUUCCUCUGCUUGUCCCUCAGGCCCAUUCUUCCUGAGCGAUGGAAGGGGACUUGCACACUGACCACAGAAGCGCUCAUUUGGCACUGGAAAGGACCUCUGAGGCCGCCAAGCCCAGCCUUCUCACUCUACAGAUGAGGCUGUGUCCAAGAUCAAAGAGGCAGAUCCACUUUAAAUCUGGGUCCUCCAACUCGGUGUUCUGUGUGAGAUUUCCUCAGAAUAAACUUGUCCAAGAUCAUAUUGGUCCUAAGCGGGAUUUGAAUCCAAGUCCCGCGACCCCAAAUUCAGCAUCAAACAUCCCCAGCACCAAACUUCCUUCCAAGCACCUAGCAAGCAGGAACUUUGAGCUAUUGCAGACUUUGUAACCAGGGAUGACAAUCGUGGCACUUGCAUCACUGAAAAACUGCCUUUCCUUUUUCCUGCUCGUUCUAUAUAAAUUCUAGUUAUUAUUAUUAAUGAUUUGUUAUGUUUAUUGCUAAUUUUAUUAUCUUUUGGCUUGAGUUUCUUCCACUGUAAAAUAAAAUGUUUGGAUUUAAUGACCAUCAAAGUCCCUUCUGGCUCCCGAUCGAUGGCUCCCAACAGCAAAAGAGAGGGGAGAAGGGAUGCUCCCUCCAGAACAACCACACCGGAUGGAUUCUGGGAUCCGAGUCAGCCUUGGUUUCCUCAUCUAUAAAAUGGACACAGUAAUCUCUGUGCAGUCUACCUUACAAGUGUUGUUCUGAGAAGAGCACAUUGAAAAAUUUAAAACA